AUGGCCUCCAACAAGCCCGUCUUUGUCCUCGUCCCCGGCGCAUCUCAGAACCCAGCUCACUAUGCUUAUCUCCUCCAUCUUCUCCAGUCCGAAGGCUACGGAGCUUUCAGUGCUCUGCUUCCCAGCAUCGGCGUCCAAGAACCAGUAACUGCAUUAGAUGACGCCGAGUACGUCCGCUCCCGGAUGCUGCUCCCCAUGCUCGAUGUCGGCCAGCGGGAUAUCAUCCUGAUCAGCCACUCCUACAGCGGCAUGCCCGCCAGCGCAGCCGCUCGCGGUCUGGGAAAGGCAGACCGUGCUGCUCAAAGCAAGAAUACCGCUGUAUUGGGUCAGAUCUUCAUCGCAACUAUACUUCCCCAUGGAGGGGAUGGCUUGAGCGUGAUAGAUAACUUUGGUGGACAUCUGCCGCCACAUAUGUAUGCUGAUGAAAAAGAGAACGUACUCCGUUGCGACGACCCCAAGCCCCCCUUGUUUUAUGAUGUCGCCCCUGCCCUUGCGGACGCCGCCUGUCAAGCCGCCCUCCCCCAAGGCUUGACUUCGUUUCAGAGUCCCUGUCCGGAGACGAGUUGGGAUACGGAGGCUUUCCGGGAUCGCAUCGCUUAUAUUCAUACUGUCUAUGACCGGGCGGUUCCCUAUGAGGCGCAGACUGCAAUGGUGCAGGCCACUGGACAGAAAUGGAUCACGAGGGAGAUUCAAACUGGUCAUAGUGCGCAGUUGUCGGCUACGGAGGAGUUGAGUAAGGUUAUUCUGGAGCUGGCUAAGCAGUGGGAGGAGAUGUGA